AUGAGAACAACAUCUUUCGUGGUCGCCUUGACGAAAUCAGUAUUCCAAGUCGCGAGAAACUCGUCGGAGGUUGAUUGGAGCGUCACCUUUGUCUCCAGAUGCUUCGUUGCCUUUUUCUUCCAAUUUCGAUGCCGACUGUGGUUCUCGUCGAUUGGUCGGUCAGAGAAGGUCGUUGAUGAAGGGAAACGGUGGUCCUCUGGCUCCAGGAGCUCGAUUGGAGGUGUUGGGAAGAGUUUCCCAGCAACAGCAGAUGGGAAACGAUUUUGGUAUGUGAAGUGA